AUGACAGACGUUGAUGCCUAUCGGGAUGCGGAAUACAUCGCUGACGUGUCCGGCAUAUCCUAUGACGAUGCGGAGCCCCCAAGGCCAACAGGCACGCUCAGCAGCCAAAACGCGCGUGUGACGAAAGUCAAGUCCACCGCCGAAGUCGCCUUCAUUGAUCGAUUGUUGCGCGACCUCGACAUAUUAGUUUAUUGUCAACUAUCCGCACUGUAUUACAUGGACUGCUCGAUUAUUCUAUUUGCCAUACGUGCCAUCGUCGAAUUGAUCUUCUUCACGCCAAAGGCACCCCCAUUUGAGCCCACACGCAAUCAGCCGUUCAUCGGCGCCAUCAUCGGCAGUAACCUCAUAUGCAUGCUCUUCCAUGUCUUUUUGAUUCAUCCCGAAGCCGGCGAAGAAACGCGCGGCUACCUACAUGGGGGACUAUUCAUCGAUUUUAUAGGGCAGGCCCCCGUAUCUGUUUAUUGGCUUCUCUCGUUCGACCUUCUAAUCCUUUUAAUCGAUAUUAUCAUGCUGGGCUUGAUCAUCGAGCGGGUGAAGACUAAUGGAUCGCUCGCCCCAGCGCCUACAACACCGAAUACAGAUGCAGCCACAAGUACAAUCACAGAUACAAACCCGGGCACGGAGGAGUCCCAGCCACAAGACCAUGACGCCGAAGAGCGCGGUAUUUUGCGAGGAGAGGAUGGCGUUGAAACAAUUCCCCCGCUCAUUAUGGUUCCAUUUCACCCCAUAGUUGAAGAAGAGCGCACAACCCUCCUAGCCGACCCGACCGACGCUGAAUCUGGCAGUGGUGCUCGGGGCGAGCACCCGAUGGAUACAUUCGCUGCUGGCGACGCUGUCAUUGUCAAUGUGAGCCUUCUUGGUACAAUUCGUGAUCAGUGGCGCCAUUCAAAUGCGCAGGCACGGCCGACAUCAGGUUUUGUACCAUCUCCUGAAACGGCAACAUUCCUUCGGCAGCGCUUUGGUCUCCAGGUUGGCACUAAUGGUCGCAUUGAGCGUGCGAAUGCAACAUGA